UUACUUUUCUACAAGUACACUGCUUCUUUGGUGCUGCUUGUCCUGCUCGCUUGCUUGCUUGCUUGCUUGUUGUCUGUUUGUCGCACACCGCCAGCAUCAAGUGCCACCUCCACACGCUCCACACCUCCACACGCUCCACACCUCCCAUACGCUCCACACCUUUGCACCUCCACACCACACCUCCCAUACACCGCAUCUUCACUGACCCACACAACGGCAGAACAGCCAUGAGCGCAAUGGACGUGGGCCGGGACGAUGAGUCACAGGCAGCCACCCUGUCGACGGAUGCAGACACCAGCUUGGUUGUGGAUGGUCAUGCCGCGGCCACGUCCCUGAUUCAACUCCACCCCAUGGUCAUCCUCAACAUCUCAGAGCACUACACUCGCAUCCGCAUGAACCAGGAAGACCCUCGCCAGACCCCACCAGUGCUUGGCGCCAUUUAUGGCACACAAUCGGACCGCAAGCUGGAGCUGUGCACAUCGGUAGCCUGGGCAACACAGGACGACGGCUCUCUCGACACAAUGCUGCAGCUUCAGCUUGACGAAGCAGUGAAGCGAAACUUUGACAACUAUGAGCUGCUUGGGUGGUACUCCAUUGGCACAGCGCCAACCGAAGCGCACGUCACCAUGCACAAGAAGGUGUGUGAGCUGACGGACUCCCCGCUGCUGCUGCUGCUCGACCCGAAGCAAGACGUGGCUGGCGAGGCCCUCCCGGUCGCCCUCUAUGAAACAUUCAUGGAAGUCCGCCAAGACGAGCAACAGCUGAAGUUUCUCAAGGCAACCUUCACCAUUGUCACAGAUGAAGCCGAGCGCAUCGGCGUGGAUCACAUUGCCAAGUCUGGUAUGCACGCGCAAGCAAAUCAAUCGCAAGUGGAGAUGCAGUUAACUGGGCAGUACAAUGCGAUUAAGAUGCUGUCGCAACGCAUUGCCGUUAUUCGCAACUUUCUGUGCGCUGUCAAAGCAGGGGAGGUGGCGGCGCCGCGGCACGUGCUGCGGGAUCUCGCCUCGCUGUGCAGCCAGCUCCCCGUGGGCGCACAGGACACGCUGCAGAGCACCUUGAUGAAGGAGAUGGUUGACACCACGCUCGCCGCCAGCCUCACUGAAGUGACCAAGGCCCUCAACACCGUAACUGAAAUGGCCCAGCAUGCAAGCGCGUGCAAGCCAAGAACAAAGGCUGUCACACACCAACGGUUGUUCUGACAAGACCCCUGGACGCCCACUUCACUCCACUCACCUGUCACAGUCAAACACGGACGUAAUUAAAAAUACAACAAGCGCCUCAACAACCCUGUCAGCACCAUGACUGAACAUUUUAUCCCGUGCUGCUCUUCGUUUCAACCUUUGUUUUUUUUUCCUCGUGUGUAGCAGAAGAGAUGUUCACAAUAGACCCCUCUCUAAGCAGUGACUGACGUGACAUUGUGCAGAUGCUGCUACGUUGGUGCCGCGAGGUUUUGAGUGAUGU